AAGUAUCAAUGUGGGUUCGUCUGUUGACCCCCCGACUUAUCAGAACUUUGUCAAUAUUGAUGAAUCGAGUUGUGGUUUAGAUAAAUCGCCCAUAGUACCAUUAGAGGGACAAUCAAUAUCACAGGAGAAGACUACUGAAAUGAGCAAAACCUGUAAUGCUUCUCUAAACUCUCAUGAAAAGAAUGAGAUUUUGGAUACGCUGUUGCAUAUAAGCGCGGAUGAAAAGACGACCGUGUCGCCUUCUGACGAUGUUUCUAAAAAUAUUGAAACAUUGAAGGAAAAGAAAGGGGAUUGUUCAUCUAUUAACACUUUCUGCAAGGAGAAUUACAUUGAUGGUGUACCAAUUGCUUUUGAAAGCAAAGAUUCGUUGUCUUGUGCAUCAGUUGAAUCAACGUUACAAAAAGAGGAACGUCAUGUUGACAAUCAUUUCGAAUAUUCUUGCUGUACAGUUGAAAAUAGAAGCUGCAUUGAAGAAAGUAUACUACCAAACAAACAAACUAAAAAUACCAUAUAUCAAAUGGUCCAACGAUGUAAUAAAUCGUUAGAAAAUCUUGAAAAAGACCACGAAGUGAUAUUAAAUGUUAUGAACUCACGUUCAAACAGUCAAAAUGAGUUGAAGGAGAGAGGACUUCAAGUAACAGCAGAGCUGGAGAGCAUAAUUAACAAACUCACAGCAAGGCAGAAGGAAAAAGAUGAUACAAUCUCAGAUCUACAUUUUAUUUUGAGUAAACUCACUGAAAAAGUCGAACAGUUAGACCAGGAAAUUCAAGUUUUGAAAUCCACACGGAAAAACAAAUCAGAUUGUUUGUUACAAAGCGAGGAAUUAGAAAGACCUGUAGCCCUUAUGGAAGAUGGAAUAUCGCAUGUUGCUUCGGUGCCAAAAGCAACACAACAAAAAACAAUGCAAGAUUCAAAAGUAUCAGUUCAUCAAAAUGAAAAAGCUUUAACUUCCCUCAAUUCAUUUCCCUUGAAGCCUGAUUCAAAACCAGUCAUUGGAGAGAAAAGUUUUUCAUCUGAAAACAUUGAUAUUGAAGACGCAUCUAAUGAAACAGAUCAGGGAAAUGAGGAUUUAUCUCUUUGCCAUUCUGAAAACAAUUCAGUGGGUAGUGAUGUAAAAAUACACGAUUCUGUAUCGGAAACGUCAGUAAAUCCUGAACAAAACGUUGGAGAACAAGACAGUGAGGGGCAACAGAAAAACAUGCCUAAAGAACCAAAUAUUGUCGGGAAUAGUACCAGACAGCCAUUUGUUGGAUCAAACACGCUUGACACAAAUGACAAUUCCGAGAAUUUGAUGCAAAAAGAGAUGUUACCUGAUGCAUAUUGGAUAAAUCAAUACAAUGAAAUUUGCAGAAUGAUUUCCAUGGAAGGACCAAUCGAUAAUGUGUGUGGUCAAUGUAAUGUUCUUUGCCUCGACACUUCAGACAGUAUGUCAGGGGAGGCUUUCCAGACGAUGAUCAAUCUGUCUAUAAAAUUUUUGUCCGGUUUGGAACAUUCGCCCUCAAGUCAGAAGGUUGGAUUGGUUUGUUUUGGAGGGUUCACCGGAGUUUUAAGUCGUUGUUGUAUGAAUUACACAAAACUGAAACAAGAAAUUAGAAACUUGAGACCAGGGGGUUCAAGCCCUUUGUCAGCUGGGAUUCUACUGUCAUAUGCUGUUUUAUCUCAAGUGACUCUCCCAACAAUUCAGGGAAUAAGCUUUUUCCCUCGUAUCAUUGUACUAACAGACGGAAUGGCUACCCCAGAAAGAGUAACUGGAUGUGCAGAUUUUACUCCAGACAUGAAAGAGCGACCUAUGAUUCGUGCAGAUAUAGGCGCUCUGACUAAGGCCAUAAGACGGUCAUCUAUUAGAGUUUACUGCGUUCCACUUGGAAAGGCGGACGAGUCUUUUAUAGAGCCAUUAGUAAGAAUGACACAUGGAAAAAUUGUUAGACCAGCAAAUUUUGACAAAGUUAUUUACCAGUUUGAAGGAGAGCUUUUAGCCACGGAUCUGAGACCAUACUUUUCUAACUUUCGGCAAGUAGAUCCUGAUAUGGUGAUUGAGGCAGUACAAUCUUUCAACUUAUCACUGCGAGGAGUAGACAUGGAGGACCUUGUCGAGUAUAUACAAAACCCCCCUCCCCAAAGGAAAGAUGACAGUGAUGACGAGAGUGACAACGAUGACUACAUAGAGACUGAUAUCAAUAUGCCGCCUAUAGGCACCAGAGUUAGGAGAGGUCCAGACUGGCAAUCAAACUUUGAUGAACAAGAUUCUCGCGGUCCAGGAACAGUUGUUAGUCAUGACCGUAGUGGUGUUAUAUCCAUAAUGUGGGACAAUGGCCAUCGGUAUCUGUAUCCGUAUGGAAUUCAGGGUCGAUUUGCAGUAAUGGUUGUUGACGAACCUAGAGUUCUUCAACGUGACCAAUUAAUCGAAGUUGGGUGUCUCGUUAAAAGAGGCAAUAAUUGGAGAGAUAAUGACAAUGAUGGUGGUCCUGAAAACAUUGGAGUCGUGUUUAGAGUGCACUCGGAUGCAACAGUUAGUGUACGGUGGCCGACUGGACAACGCAGGAGAUACAAGUAUGGAAAACAGGGAUACUUUGAAGUACAACUUUGUGAUCCAUUUGACGAAAACGUACAAUUUCGGAUGUUAAACAUGAGUUUUCAAGACGGCCCUGAUGAAAACAGAACAAGUCAGUCGCGACAAGCGGACAGCAAGGAGGUAAGAAUAGAAGACCUGGUCAAUUCUGAUGACAGAGAAACUAACCCAUUGGAGGAAAUGAAUAAAAGGAACGCCUUGCGGUCGACACAAACAGGUGGACAGUCGGGUCCUGAUACCAAUCGUCGUCAGAGUCAGGGAUCCGCGGAAAACACAGGACGGAUGAACAUUCAAGGAAACGAAACAUCAUCGUGAAUCAUCUUUAAUUGAGAGAUGCUGACAAUGAACAUACUUCAUGACUGAAUCAGGGUUUAAUAACAAAAGAUUCAUUUUACUUUUUUAUGAAAAAAUUCAAUUAUUGUUUUAGAAUUUGCAAUUGUAUUGACGCUGACCUAAGAAACUUUAUAUUAAACAUUUUCAUUCGGUUUUGAUAUUUGAAUAAAAUAAUAUUGCAGAUUAUAGAAGACAUUGUUUAUACAAAUUCAUGUUUCUUUAACUAAUUCUAUUUACAAAAUCAGUUUCAAUUUUGAAGUUACCGUAUUUUUGUUUUCAAAUUAAAAAAAGACUGUUUGAUAUUACUUUAUCAGUUCUGAUGUUCAGUGUUCAAAACGGAUCCACAUUUUUUAGAUAUAUUUCUUUUGAGCUAUAAAAUUUAAUGUUGUUUGCUUGUCGUGUGUGUUUUUAUGCUAAGAAUAUUAUAGGAAUCAUCGUAAUUGUCUGCAAAUGAUACACACAUUACACAGUGAAUAAAUUUACUUUUAGUUCAAGGUUUGAAAUUUAUAUAUAGGUUUAGGUGUUUUGCUUAUGUGAAAGCUCUUGGUUUUUCUGAAUAAAGACAGUAAUAAAUAUACUCUGCUAAUGAUACAAGUACUUUUCUUAAGUUUUGUGAUAUAACGAUAUUAUUUUGUGUUAGCUAAUGACUAGUGUUAUUCUUACUUUGGAAAUGUUUACCUACUUGUCCUCUUUUUAUAACGAAUUGUUGCUGUAUGAAAACAAUCCAUUCAUUUGCCUAUGAGGGUGCACUGGAUAAACUACGCAAACGUCGAAUUUGUUUUUAUAUUGUCAAACUUUCUUAACGAGGACGGGUCUAACU